AUGUCACAAGGGGAACUAUCCGAGGAAACCUUGGCUCACAGCUCACAAGAGGAAAUUCCGUUGGUCCGUAUUCCCUUGGACCAUCACACCAAUAGAAGGUUCCACUUUCCAGGUGUUCCAGACCUCCGGCGAAGUAGCCUUUUGGGUGGCCGGACCACUACACUGAAGGCAAUAAAGGCUAAGCAAGAAACAAACAAUGGGACUGCGGAAUUCGCAGUCAAACUGGUGUCGGUCGUCCAAGGACAGGAAAUCAACAUAAUUAUGCAAGCAGAAUCAAUAAACGAGGAAGAAAUGAAUGUGCUGUUCUCGAAUGAGGGGAUAGAGGGUAAAAACGGUAAAGUACGAUCGUACGAAGCAAUAAGCAUUCUAGCUGGUCGUAACGUACGUGGUGACAAAUAG